CGACGUCGACCAGGAAGUAGGUAAACAACCGUACAGGAGUAGAAAAUAUGGAUUAACCCCUUCAAACCGCGUUUACCGAUCAAGAAAAACCCAGAUUGAGUGGUCGUUAGUGCUCGUGGAGGGGUUUCGCAGACAGGGGGGUUUAAUUAACGCGCGAGAUGGCUGGAGAAUGACAGGGGUUUGACACAUGACCAUGUUUCUGCUCGGAGCCUGAUGCCCACUCUUGCCACGCCUGUUGUCAUGGAAACGGAGGACUAUCUGCACCCUGAAGGCCCUCAGCUGGGGAGCCCAAAGUUCAGCGCUCCCAGUCCUCCUCUCACAAGUUCCAUGGAGAGUCAGCUGUAUCCGUCAAACUCAUGGACGUACCCACAGCAAACUCAAUACAACCAGCACUAUCCUAUGCAAUCUGGGAGGCAGCUCCAGCCGAACCCGUCCUCGGUAACACUUGACCUGCCUGACAUGGACUUUCAUGACCUUGUGCGGAACGGAGAUUUCUCCCAGGAUCUGCCAUGCAUAGAUGAGCUGUCAAGCCAGUCGCUGUUCUCCUCACCAUCUGAUUCUCUGUCGGAGUAUCCAGAUCCUUCAGGAUUUGCCGUUGAUGGCCUGGCACAGUUAUCCACCGAGGGCCCUGUGGCACCAAUGUACUGGGAUAUACCUGGACACAGUCAGAGACAGCAGAACCUGAGCGCGUUUCCUGGUAGGUUGGAUGAUUUUAGCGCUCUCCUGUCUGCAUCAGUCGCAGGAUUUAAGGCUGCUGCUCCUCCGCCGCCUCCACCGGAGGAAGAGGAGGAGGCAGAUGAGGAAGAGACGGAGGAUUUGGGGCACGCGGACACAUACGCCGAAUACAAGCCAUCCAAAUCUACUAUAGGAAUCUCUCAUCCUGAUUUUGUGGUGGAGACCAACACGCUGUCCAGCGUUCCUCCUCCUGACAUCACCUACACACUGUCCAUUCCAGUCUGCAGCAUUAGCUCCGGCCUACUGUCUGCCCUGCAGCUGGAGGCCAUCAUCUACGCCUGCCAGCAACACGAGGUGAUUCUUCAGAACGGUCAGCGGGCGGGGUUUCUGAUCGGAGAUGGAGCCGGCGUUGGGAAGGGCCGCACUGUGGCCGGAAUCAUACUGGAGAAUUUCUUAAAGGGACGGAAGAGAGCGCUAUGGUUCAGUGUGUCAAAUGACCUGAAGUACGAUGCUGAGAGAGAUCUCAAAGACAUCGACGCUUCCAACAUCCCUGUGUUUGCUUUAAAUAAGAUUAAAUACGGAGAUACGGCUACCUCAGAGGGUGUUUUAUUCGCCACAUACUCAGCGCUGAUUGGAGAGAGCCAGGCCGGUGGGCAGCACCGCACCAGACUCAAACAGAUCCUGGACUGGUGCAAACCCAACUUUGACGGAGUCAUUGUGUUUGACGAGUGCCAUAAGGCUAAAAAUGCGACCUCCACCAAGAUGGGUAAAGCAGUCCUGGACUUGCAGAGCAAACUGCCCCGGGCGAGAGUGGUGUAUGCUAGUGCCACAGGUGCGUCUGAGCCAAAGAAUAUGAUAUACAUGAGCCGACUGGGGAUCUGGGGGCAAGGAACGCCGUUCAGGGCGUUUGAUGACUUCCUGCAUGCUAUUGAGAAGAGGGGUGUUGGCGCCAUGGAGAUUGUUGCAAUGGAUAUGAAAGUGAGUGGCAUGUACAUCGCACGGCAGCUGAGCUUUUCCGGCGUGUCCUUCCGCAUAGAGGAGAUUACACUGGACGAAGAGUUCAAACUGGUCUACAACAAAGCAGCUAGACUGUGGGCCGAGGCUCUCGAGCUGUUCACCAGAGCUGCGGAUACGCUGGGUCUGGCCUCCCGUAAGUCUCUGUGGGGUCAGUUCUGGGCAUCACACCAGAGGUUUUUUAAGUACCUCUGCAUCGCCGCUAAAGUCCGUCGACUGGUUGAUCUCGCUCAUACUGAGAUGCAGCACGGCAAGUGCAUCGUGAUUGGCCUGCAGUCCACUGGAGAGGCUCGUACUCGAGAGCUCCUGGACGAGAACGACGGACACCUGGACAGAUUCGUCUCCGCUGCUGAGGGUGUUUUCCAGUCAUUAGUUCAGAAACACUUUCCAACACAGAAACCUAAAAGAGAGAAAAGCGCCGCAAGCAAGAGGAAACGAAAACCCAGAGGCCGGACUUCAAAAUUUCCAAAGCACUGUGUGGAAGUGGGCGGGGUUAUUAAAAUCAGCGAUGACUCUGACUCUGACUCGGAUGAGAUUGACAGCGACUCUAACUCCUCCCCUGAUUCACUACAGGACAGUGAUGAUGUGAUUUUCGUGAACCACAUCAAUGGACCUGGGGCUCUGACGCACGGGGACCGACGAGCCACUGAAUCCAGAGACCUGAGCCAGUACAACUUUGAGAACAAAUACGGCACCAAAGCGUUGGAUAAGAUCACUAAAGCCAUCCUCGGGCACAUCGACAACAAAGUCCCUCCACCGAAGGGCUACCCAGGAGGAGACAUCAUGUUCUUCAGAGAUAUGAAGAAAGGCAUGAUUGAUGUGGGAAUCUUCUGUAAGGAGCCGCGUCUGAGUCUGAAUACAGAGAAAGACUGCACCAUCACUAAGUUUCUGAACCGUAUUUUGGGUUUGGAGGUCCAUCAGCAGAACUCUCUGUUCCAGUACUUCACCGAUAACUUUGACUACCUGAUCAACAAGGACAAAAAAGAGGGAAAAUAUGACAUGGGAAUAUUGGAUCUUGCUCCUGGUAAUGAUGAGAUUCAUGAGGAAACACAGGAGAAGUUUUUAACUCCAGGAAACCCUCAGGAGGGUCAGGUCAUCCUCUAUAAGAUCAGUGUGGAUCGUGGGAUGCCCUGGGAAGAGGCCUGCAGUAAAGCAGAGAAACUCACUGGGGACUAUGAAGGCUUUUACCUCUCAAACAAGCUGCGUGGGAGUCAGCCGUGUGUCCUGCUCGCCGAACAGGGUCGGGGUCGCAAUCUCAUUCUGUAUAAACCCAACAUCGGUAAACAGGCCCAUCCUGAGAACCUGGACAACCUGCUGCUGAGAUACUAUAAGGUGACACCCGAUGAAGCAAAGGAUUUCUGGAAGAGUCAGUUUGACUUUUCUUUCACCAACUGCACGCAUGCCAACUGGAAUGGUAAGUGUAAGCUGAUCGAGCAGGGUCAGGAGUGUUUUCUGGGGAUGCGUCUCAGGCAGUAUCACAUGCUGUGUGGAGCGCUGCUGAGGGUCUGGAAACGAGUGUCUGACAUAGUCUCGGACAUCACCAACUCCAGCAUCCUGCAGAUCGUACGGCUCAAAACCAAACAGAACAGCAAGCAAGUUGGUAUAAAAAUCCCAGAGAACUGCGUAUCCCGUGUGCGCGCUGAGCUCUCUCGGAUGGACGAGGAGGUGAAGAAAGCGCGACGGGAGAGAGAACAGUUCGCAAAUGACCAGCGUCUGCGCCAAGAGAUGCUGACCAAGAUGAUCAACGCCCGCAAGCUCAUCGCAAACCCUCCCCACUCGCUUCAGAACCACCUUCAUUACCCACGAUCCCUUCUGCCGCCUGCGGCGAAGCCAAAGAGCGAAGCCGUCAGCGAAGUCCUGGAUCUGACCAUCAGCCCCUGCCCAUCGCCGGACAUCAAAACGCCUGCGCCAGACUUAAACGGUGUGUCGCUAAACGGAGGCAUGCUAGGUGGAAGAGGACGCCCAUGCGCGGCUGUCCCCGAGACAUUCAACCUGGAAGAUUUGAUUUCCCAGGAGCAGCAGAGACACAGGCAGGUGGCGUUAACCCCGAACAUGCUCAUGUCGUCACAUGCCGCUUUGAAUGUUUCACAACAGCACGUUCACACACUAAAGCAGAAUCAUUCGUCGUUUGGUGUGCUAACACAGCAGCAGCAACAGAGUGGCUCGCGUGCGAUUUUGUCGCAGAUGCAGCGAGGCCAAGACACGUCGCUCAUGCUGCAGCUAUUCAUGCAAAUGCAACAGCAAUCCGGCGUGUCGGCGCAUUCCCCACGCAUUGCACGGCACCCAAACAGUCAACGCAUGAUGCACACUUUGAACGCACACUUGCUGUCGAAACAGCACGCGAGCGAACAUGCGCAGUCGCAACCCCUUCGGUCGCAAUCCUUGCAGUCGCAAUCCCUGCCAUCGCAACCCCAAGCCAUGCAAUCGCAUGCCACUCAGCCUACUACAGAAAGAACGAACGAUGAGUUUGAUUUCGACAACUUGGACUUCGGUUACCCCUCCCCCAAUUCGCAGCUUCAAUACCCGUUCACCUCACAAGCCCUGCCAUCCUUGACUCCGCCCCCUCUUCCUCACUCCUCCUUAUUUGCAUCAGCGCCUACAAACUCCUCCCUCUCGGACUCUAGCUCCUCCUCCUCACACUUCACGCCGUCAUCAUCUUCCUCCGAACAGACGCAUCUGUUACCAAACGGCCACAGCAGUAUGGACGCCCUGGAGACGGUGGAUCACAUGAUCCAUGGACCGCCCUCGGAUCACCGCCAGUCUGUCAUCCAGUUCAAAUCAAUGGACUGGGAUGCCACCUAGAGGCUCAAACACGCACAGUCAAAAGUUUUUUGAGUUCUUUUCCCAAGUCAUUCUCAGUCCAUAAGCUAAGAGUUGCGUUCGGUUCGUUGGCGAUCAAUGAAGAUGAUUUUAAAAGUACAUGGGCACUUGGAAUCAGUUUGGUUUUUGAAGCAAUAGGGCUUUUCCACCCACCAUUUCAUCACAGCAGACAUUGAGGUGAAAGAGAUGUUUAUUUAUUAAGAUAUUGGUGUAUACUGUUUCCUGUCCUAGGGAGUUUUUUUUUCUCGAAUGAAUGCCUUCUGUUAAAUCAGUGCCUUUAUCUCCUUCAGAUGCAGUCUUGUGUGUGUGUGUGUAUA